AUGUUGAGGAUUAUCUGUUUGCUGACGAGUUCUCAUGCAUAUAUUUAUCCUUCUCUUCUGUUUUUCUGUCUCGUCCCUCAGGAUGGAAAGACAGCGGAGGAUUUGGCUUCGACCGAUCAACAUGAACACAUCAUUGCUUUGUUGGGAAAGCUGAAAAAGGACAACCUCAAGCUGAGCUACAUCCAGCAGCUGCGGCCCACGCAGACCGUCCAGCCCAGGAUCAAGCUGAAGCUGUUCGGACACUCCGGAUCCGGGAAGAGCUCCCUGCUGGAGUCUCUGAAAUGUGGCAUCCUCCGCAGCUUCUUCAGGAGGAGGAGGACGACACGCAUGACCAACACGGCCCGUCACCCCAACUCCCCCGUCAACUCCAAACCUGCCGUGUCGGUCAGUAUUUCCAACUUGUACCCAGGCUGUGAGAAUGUCAGCGUGCGGAGCCGCAGCAUGAUGUUUGAGCCCAGUCUCACCAAAGGCGUCCUGGAGGUCUUCUCCCCCGUCCACAGCGCUCUGUCCACCGCUGACGAACAGGCCACGAAGGCCAUCGACAUCCAGCACGCCAACAUCCACGGUGUGGGGGAUUUCAGCGUGUGGGAGUUUUCGGGGAACCCGGUCUAUUACUGCUCCUACGACUACUUUGCCACCAACGACGUCACGGCGAUCCACUUGGUCCUGUUCAGCCUGGAGGAGCCGUACGAGACUCAGCUGAGCCACAUCACCUACUGGCUGAACCUGCUGAAGGCUCUCGCUCUGCCCCAGGACAACAUCGCCUUCGGGGGUCGGAUCCAGCAGCCUCUCGUGGUCGUCCUGGUGGCAACACACGCCGACCUCGCUGACGUCCCCAGAGCGUUUUCUGGAGACUUCAGCUACGACAAGGAGAGAGCUCUGCUCAAGGAAGUCAGAAACAGGUUUGGAAUCGACAUGCAGAUUAGUGACAAACUGUUUGUGAUGGAUGCCGGAGCCACAAACUCCAAAGACAUAAAGCUGCUGCGGAGUCACUUACAGGAGCUUCGUACCGACAUCAUAUCUAGGUGCAGUCCUAUGACGCUGCUGUCGGAGCGUUUGCUGACCACGCUGCCGUCCUGGAGGAAGCUGAGCGGACCCAACCAGCUGACGUCGUGGCAGCAGUUUGUCAGCGACGUCCAGGAGCACAUCAACCCUCUGGUCAGCCAGGAUCACCUCCGCACGCUGGCCAUGCAGCUCCACAGCAUGGGAGAGAUCAACAUCAUGCAGAGUGAGACGGUGCAGGACGUCGUUCUGCUGGAGCCUCGCUGGCUCUGCAGCAACGUCCUCGGCAAGCUGCUCUCCGUGGAGACGCCCAAGGCCAUCCACCACUACAGGGGGCGCUACAGGCUGGAGGAGGUGCAGGCUCUGGCCCCCGAAAGUGACGUGGACGAGCUGCUGCAGAUUCUGGACGCCAUGGAUGUCUGCGCCCGCGACGCCACCAACCCCUCCAUGGUGGAUGUUCCUGCCCUCAUCAAGACAAACGGCCUCCACCGCUCCUGGACCGAAGAAGAGGAAGAAGAGUCUCUGCUCUACGGCGGCGUGCGACUCGUCCCUGCCGAGCACCUCACCCCCUUCCCCUGCGGCCUGUUCCACAAACUGCAGGUGAACCUGUGUCGCUGGAGCCACCAGCAGAAGCCGGAGGAGGAGGGCGGGGAGGACAUCGACGGAGAUAUUCACCUCUGGACGAACGGAGCCAAGGUGAGCCAGGGGGCGGUGGAGGCCAUGAUCCUGCUGGUCAACCACGGGCAGGGGCUGGAGAUUCAGGUGCGUGGACACGACUCCGAGCGGGCCAAGUGCUACACCCUGUUGGACACCAUCUGCAGCAUUACGGAGAACCUACUGGCCUCCACGCUCCCGGGACUGCUCACCGCCAAAUACUACCUGAGUCCCCAGCAGCUGCGGGAACACCACGCCCCCAUCAUGAUCUACCAACCCAAAGAUUUCUUCCGGGCUCAAGUCCAGCGGGAAACUUCCCUCACCAACACGAUGGGAGGCUACCGGGAGAGCUUCAGCAGCAUUCUGGUGUUCGGUUGUGCUGAAGUUUACCAGCAGGGGAUUCUGGGAACAGACAUCCACAUAUCAGACGUCCCCCUUCUGGCUCGCAGGAAGCUGUGCCGCAUGCUGGACCCCCCUGACGCGCUGGGGAAAGACUGGUGCCUGCUCGCCAUGAACUUGGGCCUCACAGACUUGGUGGCCAAACACAGCAACGGGACUCCGAAUGGCACCCCCGAGCUGGACCCCGACUCCCAGCAGGCCGCGCUGCAGCCCAGCCCGACGGCGGCGCUGCUGCAGGAGUGGAGCGCGCGAGCGGACAGCACGGUCGGCGUGCUGAUGGCCAAACUGAGGGAGCUUGGCCGCCGUGACGCCGCCGACUUCCUGCUCAAAGCUUCUCCUGUUUUCAAGGUCAACAUGGAGGCAGUGGGCGGAGCCGUCAACGGCUACCCCCCCACCUGCAACGGAGGCAUGUCGUAUAACUCCAUCAGCUCCGUCGUGUCCCGCUGAACGGGGUCGACUCUCUGUCCUCGCCGAACGAGACGGUUUGUCCGAUGAGACUUUUCUCCCUGAACAGGACGUUGACGGACUCCUGUGUGUGUGUGUGUGUGUGUGUGUGAAAAUAAACAAGUGCAAUCGUUACCUGAGUCGAGCAGCUCGCUCUUCAAUCACUCCCAUUGCGUCGGAGCCAGAUGUUGUGUUUGUGCUCUCCACAUCUGUACAGCUGAACUCUCCUCCCACUAUGAAUGUUGUGAAAACGUCCCGAGCUCCAAAGAGGAAACUGCUUUUAUUCUGUUCUUAAUCUUGUCGUGCUGCUUUUUAAAAUCCCUCCUCCUCCUCCUCCUCCUCCUCCUCCUCCUUCUCUCUCUCUCUCUCCUCGCAGCGAACACUCGUUCAAUCUCAUCCACAUAAACAGACGGGAAAAGAUGGCGGUCUCGUGUUUUCGGACCUUUCUCAUACCCAUGAGGCCGCUCGGCUCCGUGUUUCAAACCUUAACAGCAUUUCUGCCUUUGUGGCCUUCUACCUCCCUAAAGAGCACAAACUCCCUGUGACAGUGGUUCUUUCCAAACAUUUGAACAACUGUGCCUUGUUGACACCGAUCGUAACUCGACGUCCAAAUCAAGCAGAUGAGACAAAACGUCGAUUCAAGAAAAAAAAAAAAAUCUGAAAAUUAGAAUUUCACAAACGUGACUGAAAUCAGAUCCUGAUUUCUGCUGAGUUCUGCUCAAUGUGUCGUCAGGAGACGUUUGAUCUCGUGUUGAACUCAGUGCGGAGCUGAUGCGACGCUGUGAGUCAAAGGGAAACAGUUUGGUCUUGAACUGGUGCAUUGUUGGGUUUUUUCCAGAGCCCUCCGUAUUUCUAUAAGUAUUAUUCAUCCAACGAAAAUAGUUUGUUCUGGAUUCGUUUGAUAACGUUUCAUCUUCGGGGUUUUGUUGAAAGAUUCCUGGAGAGAAUCGUGUAGUUUGGUGCAGAGAACAGGAACAACCGUUUUAUUUACUUUGAGUCGUGAAGUCGUUUUCUCCUGUGAAACCAAAGCUCUGCACUGAGGAGCAGCAGAAAGUUACAGUUCAGUUUCAUCGCAUCAGAGUUUAUUUUGUCUUGGUCAUGACUUUCUUCACUCUCUGACUCGACUGAAGUUUUCCUGACGACAGGUUUGAAAGAAAGAAAUAUUCUCUGCGCUCAGUCGGUUUCAAGAGGAGAUUCAGUUUUAGCUUGUACGCACAUGGACUUUAAAACUCUGUGUCCACGACAUCCAGGAAUCUUUAUCACGAUUUCACAGCUGCGUAUCUUCUCGAACCUGUGGGACCUGUAACUUAAAGAGUGUUAAAAUCCAUCAUGGCCGACAGCGGGAAGCGCUGAUGCUGUUCAGCUUCAGGGUCAAACUCAAAACUGGAAAGUGCCGCCAACGUGAAAAUCAAAAACCUGAAGAGGUGAAUUUUGUAAUUUGGUCGAUUUCUAAACUUUUCUACCGAAAUAAAAGCAACAAGUUUUUCUACACGCGUGACCGGAGCGCGGACGCAGAGUCAGUUUCACCGACGCCGCUUGUGUCUGAGCUUCUCAGUGUCUCUGUCAGUGUUUUUGCUUGGCUUCAUGUUUUUAUUUCACUUUGUCUUCUUUCUUUUUUUUUCAACAAAGCUGCGGCUCGUUGAGAACGUUGAAGAGAAACAAAGCUGAAUUAAAGAGGCUUCAGUUGACAGAAAAUCAUUUUCACCUUGUGUAAGCUGGUGUUUUAUAACGUGUGUGUGAACGAGCCUGGACCAGAAAAAAUGCUCUUUUGUGUUUUUAAUGUUGGGAAAAGACCGAAUCAUUCUCAUGAAGUUGUUGUGAAGAACCUUUAUCUGGACGCUGCGUCUCACUCUGGUAGACAACCAGCAGCUCUGUGCAGUAUUUCCUUGUCUUUGCUUCCUCUGCUCGCAGAGAUGAGACUUUACAGACGAUUUUAAAAACUCUCUCACUGUUUGUCUCAGCUUGAACUCGCCAACCGACACGGCGAACCUCGAGCUGUGGUGUAAAUACUCGACUUUCCCUCAUCUCCUCUCGUUUCUGUUGUUUCAGCUCUUUUCAGUUUUGCCCCAAAACGUCAAUAACAACGAGGCUAAAUGAAUGUACGACAAACUUUUUCCUGAAAACGACGAAACUCCCACUUGUGUAUAAAAACAUGACGAAAUGAAAAGUCCCUCAUGAACAUUGUUUUGUUUUGCUUGUUUUCCUGAAGUUGUGUAAAACCGUUGCCAACGUUGUGUGCCUGAAAAACACACUUCUUCAUUCCUCUGUUGUUGCCUUGUAAACACUGAGCGGUGAUGUUUGACAAAGGGAAGUGACUAUAACGUUUCUCGCUUCAGCAAAAAAAAAAAUUUAAAAAAAGAGACACUCUACGGUAAAAGCUGAGAAUCGUCACGAUAUGAUCACGUUUGUAUUUUCCACGUGGUUCUGGCUGCGGGUGAAACUGAAACAAAAGGGUUCCCGAAGAACACGGUUCUGUGAGUUUCUGUGGGACGAGGAACUGCGUCCUCGACAUCACGACUGAGCGGAGUGACCUUUGCUCUCAUCGCCACAUUGCACAAGUCUUAUUGUCGCUAUUUAUGUUACGUUCUUUAAGCAUGUCCUGGAAUGCCAUGUUCUUAGUACUUCUGACACUUUAUAGUGUAAUACAUUUUAUAAUAAAUUCUUUACCUAAUA